AUAUUGGAUUUUUCGUGAAACUUUUCUGUGUUGACGUUGAUAAGUUGUUGUUUUUUUUGGCGUUAUAAAACUGUGUAAAAUGUGAGUUUGGCUGUGUUGGAUUUUAUAGAAGCAUUCAUAAUGCUUGGAAAAGUGUUGAUGUUCUUCGCAUCUGUAUCAGCCUUAAAUAUUGAUGCCUUGCUUGUCCCCAACACACACGACUUGCCCGAUGUUGACGCAGAGAGCACGAAAUAUCAUCCCAACACGUUAAAAAGAAGACUACAUUACAAUGAUACUAUGUAUGAAGAUGCUGUAAGGUUUCCAAUACAACAUCUAGAUACAUUCGAAUCCAGAAGCAAGGAAACGAUACUAGGUCUUGAUAGAAGAAAAAGGCUGGCAGAUAUGCGUGUUGUCAUCACCCAACACUUUACUGAGAGAACGGUGACCCCGGGUGGCGAUACCACAAAAGCGUUUUCAUUUGCUUUCUUCCUUGGAAUAUACGCACUAGGUCAAGUGAUGACGUCAGAUAACUCAGUGGUUGCCCAGCUGAAUAUCACACGAGUCAGAGUGGAAGACGGAGGUCUAUAUACCUGUACUGCAAGGGAGGGAGACCAUGUCGCUUCUCAUGAGAAUCGGCUGGAUGUCUAUGGUCCACCGUACAUCAGGUCUCUUCCGCCAAUCAAAGUUCAAAGUGGAGAAUCAGUCAACUUGAGGUGUCCGUUUUAUGGAUAUCCUAUAAGCAAAAUCGACUGGGAGUUCCAAGGCAAGCUGUUAACAUCAAACGCCAUAUUCCAAUCCAGAUACAAAAGGUCCCACACAAAACAGAAAACUAGAAGAAACGCACCAAGCGUGAACAUUAAUGGAAUCCUGUCUAUUCCCGAAAUUUCUAAAGAAUUAAAUGGUGCUAUUUAUACAUGCAUAGUUACUAGUCCUUCUGGUGAAAUGGCCAGAAGAGCCUUCGAGAUCCAAGUGAUAGAAGCUCCUGUAUUGGAUGACCUGCUUCUUGGAACCAACCUCCAGGAAGGUCAGAUUGUAAACAUCUAUUGUAACGUCAGGACUGGUGACUUGCCAAUACAUUUUGAAUGGCUGAAGGAUGGAAAGAGGAUUUCUAGUAAUUUGAAAGUGGUAGAAAGAAACUCGGAGCUCUUCAGUGCCCUGGUAAUCAAGAAAGUCUCCCUAGAGCACUGUGGCACAUACACGUGCGUCGCGUCCAACCACGUGGCCAAGGUCAACAGAUCCACUGAACUAUACAUUAAAGUUGCACCCAAAUGGUUGGAAGAACCGAACAACUCCUCGCUUCUGCUUGGUAGGAGAGGAGCAGUGUCGUGCAGUGCUAGUGGCUACCCUCAGCCACAAGUCCACUGGAUGAAGAAAGAUGCUCUCCUCGGCACAUGGCAACCAGUCCUGGAGCUGGCUGGUGGUGGUAUCGUCAGUUUGCCAAACGGGACCCUCAUUAUAGAAGAAGUAUCUCUUACUGACGACGGUCUGUACUCCUGCAACGUGGAGAAUGGGGUCGGACAACCGCUCAGCAAGACUGUGUGGAUGAGUGUUAAUAAACCAGUCCACUUCGAAUCAUCGUCAGCGAAUGUGACGUCAAGACUUGGUCUCCCAGUCACAUUAGAAUGUCGACCUCUUGGAGACGAGCCAAUCAGGGUAACUUGGAUGCAUGAGGGAAAUGCUCUGGAUUAUAUUAAUCAGAGAGCCAAAAUAUCAGAGACGAAGACAUCUCUCGGCGUGGUCAAUACCAUCAACCUUCAGUAUUCAGAGGUUGGUGACGCAGGACAGUAUCAGUGCCGAGCUACCAAUCCGUACGGAACUGCAACUUUUAGUGUACAGCUUACUAUAUUGGAGCCCCCCCGGCCGCCGUCGGACGUCCGCGUGGAGUGGGUGCGGGCCCGCGCGGCCGCGGUGUCGUGGCGCGGGCCGCGCGCGCACGCGCCGCACUACUCGCUGCAGUACGCGCACGCGCACCACGCGGACGUCGUCUGGGAACAUGCCACUACUGUUAAUGUUACCAGAAAAGACCAAGAGCUCCGUCAGUCAGUGGAGCUGCAGAACCUGCGGCCAGCUACCCCGUAUGCCGUCCGCGUGGCCACGGGCAACCAGGUCGGCGUCUCGCAGUACACCGCUCCCGUACACUUCACUAUGCAUGAAGAAGCUCCAUCAUCAGCCCCAAUCAACGUGCAAGUGGAGCAGACGGAGAAUCCUGGCGAGCUCUACGUGUCGUGGUCUCCACCGCUCAAGGAGACGCACAAUGGUGUCAUCAUGGGGUACCAUGUCAAGGCUGUGGCACAGAAUGUUGGAUCAGUUUCAGAUGAAACUGAUACACGAACUAUCAAGGUAUCACAACUUUUGGGGAAACAAGAAACUUUACUCAGUGGACUGAUGAAGAAUACAAGGUAUUCUGUAUCUGUGGCAGCGUUCACAAAUGCUGGUUCAGGACCAUUCUCCUUGCCAGUCUUUCAAGAUACGAGAGAAGGAGCACCAGAACAAGCUCCAUCUUCGGUGGAGUGUACGGCUGUCUCCUCUACAUCAUUGAGGAUUGGUUGGCAGCCCAUCGGUGUACCUGGACAGGGUAGCUCCCUUGUAGGGUACACCGUACUGUUUGCAACUGAAGAAGCGGCGUGGCAAAAUCAGACAUCUUUGCACACUGAGCUCUACUUACAAGGCCUGCUGAAGUACACCAACUACACCGUCAAGGUCGCCGGCUUCUCGAACUUUGGAGCUGGUCCAUAUUCCUAUCCAAUUGUUUGCGCUACUCUGCAGGACGUGCCAGGUCCACCAGCGGACAUCAAGGUCCUGGUGCUAUCCUCGUCAUCACUACUCGUCAGCUGGAAGAGACCUCUUCAUCCAAACGGCGAACUCCUGCAUUAUACGGUCUACGUGAAGCCUACGUCCAGCAAUGGUCCACCACAGACGUUCCGCAUAGACUCGGAAGGUCGCUCGACGGCUGAGGUGAAGGACCUAGCCCCUGGGAGAACUUAUGAAGCUUGGGUCACCGCUAGCACGGCGGCAGGAGAAGGCAGUGCUACCAGAAGGGUGUCUCAUACUCCUACACAUAGAGGUACGUUGAACUGA